AGUUGUUUAUAUUGUACUGAUUUGUUGUUUGUUAUUUCAGCCCCUGGGUGGACAAGUAUGAAGAGGUGUACGAGAACUUGUACUCCCAAGAUAUUCUCCACUCGUUUUUGGCAGACAAAAUUAAUGGUGUAUAUCCUCCGGACAAUAACGGGAAUGGAGUGGGUGGCAAACUGCGGGUUCAGUUAUGUCAUGUUACAGAGGUCAACAAGAAUCGCAAGGGAUUGGAGGCAAUGGAGACAAUUGGAGAGGGAGAACCAGUUGUAGAAUACAUUGGACAAGUCAUGUAUAGAGACCAGUUUAAUAAAGAUAACUUCUAUAAACGAUUAAAUCCAUUUGUGUUGUUCUACUCGAAUUAUGAUGGGAUGGACAUCUGUAUAGAUGCGACUUCAUACGGGAACAUAGCUCGCUUUAUAAGACGAUCAUGUAAAGCUAAUGCUGAGGUGAGGCAUGUUAUUCAGAAUGGCCAGAUGAAUUUCUACAUAUAUUCAACCAAGGUGAUUCCUAGGGGGUCAGAAAUUACCAUCCCGUAUGACUACAGUUAUAAAGACUGUACCUAUUGUGUUGAGUGUGCCUGCUUGAGAAAUAACUGCCCUGUUGCCAAGUUCUUCAAGAAGAGAAUGAAUAAUCUCAAGAAAGAAAAGUCACCACAGAAGAUGCCAAAACUACCAGUCAAGUCUCCCAUCAAACUACAGAUUAAAUCCCCUGUCAAAAAGUCUGUGGAAGAGUCUAUGUUUCAAUUUUG